UCGAGGUGAAGACGGUUGAAUGCUGAGCCUUGAAAUGGCAGUGGCUGAUACAGACUUGUCAUCCCUGUCUAUUAUCGCCCGAUAAGAGCACCGCAAUAAGCUACGCCAAGGUUCCUCUUGUUCCUGCGUAAAUAUCAUGCCCUCGUCUCGGAAUCUACCUCCUCCAACCCAUUCCACUGCUCCAUAUAAAACAUCGUAACGUCAUAAACACUCUUCGCCCCCCAAAGCCAAGCCUCCAAAGCAACUGCACUGCAAAUCAAUAAAAGUACGCAUGCAAAGAACACCCGACCGCCCAGUCAUGCCAUCCUGCACGUAUGAUACGCGAAAACUCCUUCGCCCGUGCAAACCCACUGCAGUAUCGUCCCGUUUUCUCGUUACGCAAGCCAUCCGUCCCAUGCUUGAUAUACAGAGUAGAUACCGAUCCGAGCCGUGAACCCAAAACGCCUUGCUUGCUUGCGGAAACCCAAUGCAGAAAUCUUAUGUCCCCACCGUGUGUGCUUUACUCUUGCUCGGCAUCCUUAACUUCGGUGAUCCUCUCAUCAUCAUCGAGCUUGCCGUACUUUGCUUUAUACCUGUUGAGCUCCCUCAACUGUUCCUCCAACCCAGACAAUAUGUCAUUCAUUGGAGCACGUAAUUGCGCCAGGUCAUAUAAAGUGCAUUUACCAAUGGCCAAGUGUCGUGUCGCGAUCACUGCUAUAGAUGCCUAAUAAUU